AUGUCAUCAUCACGUUCGGCGAGUAUUGCAUCGUCAUCAGAUGAAUCAACAUCAUCGAAAACUGCACAAGAAGAAACAAUUGCCAAUGAUCUUGUGGUUACAAAAUUUAAAAUGGCAUCAGAAAUAACACAACGUGUUCUUCGAGAAGUUAUUGAUCGAUGUAUACCUGGUACAUCUGUUAGAGAGACAUGUAUUUAUGGUGAUAAACGUUUAGAUGAAGAAACAUUACGUGUAUUUAAGAAAGAUAAAGAUGUGAAAAAAGGAAUUGCAUUUCCAACAUGUUUAUCCGUUAAUAAUUAUAUUUGUCAUUUCAGUCCAUUAGUAUCGGAUCCAGAUAUGAUAUUAAAAGAUAAUGAUGUUGUUAAAAUUGAUUUGGGUUGUCAUAUUGAUGGAUAUAUUGCUGUUGCUGCACAUACAAUUGUUAUUGGAGCAACACGAGAAAAAAAAGUUACUGGACGACGAGCUGAUUGUAUUCUUGCUGCAUAUUAUGCUGCUGAAGCAGCUCUUCGUUUGAUUAAACCCGGUGAAAAUAAUAUUGCUGUAACAGAGAUGAUCGAUCGUAUUGCAAAUGUUUAUCAUUGUAAACCAGUAGAAGGUAUGAUAUCAUCUCAAAUGUCACGUGGUAUUAUUGAUGGUGAAAAAAAAAUUUAUCAAAAUCCAAGUGAAAUGCAACGACGUGAUAAUGAAAAAGAAGAAUUUGCUUUACAUGAAGUUUAUGCUGUUGAUAUUCUUGUAUCAUCUGGUGAAGGUAAACCACGUGAAACUGAUAUACGUACAACUGUGUAUAAGAAAAAAGAUUUUGUUUAUCAAUUACGUAUGAAAUCAUCGCGUGUAUUUUUAUCUGAAGUUGAAAAACGUUUUACAUUAAUGCCAUUUACAUUAAGACAUUUUGAAGAUGAAAAACGUGCACGUAUGGGUGUUAUUGAAUGUGCUAAUCAUGAUCUUGUUGAACCUUAUCCUGUUUAUCAAGAAAAAGAUGGUGAAUUUGUUGCGCAAUUUAAAUUUACACUUCUAUUAAUGCCUAAUGGACAAAUGAAAAUAACUGGUUUACCAAUUGAUUUAGAUUUAUAUGAAUCUGAAUAUAAAAUAACUGAUAGUGAUAUUAAACAAUUAUUAACAAGUUCAACACAAAAAAAGAAGAAAAAUAAGAAGAAGAAGAAAAGCACAACAGGAAUAGGUGCAUCAGCUCUUGACAAUGUUGAAGCUGUAGAAGAUGAUGGUGAUGAAGAUUUUGAAGAUGAACCUGAUGAGAAAACAAAGAAGAAAACAAAAGCAAAGCAAAGCAAAACAAAUAAUAAUAAUAAUGCAUAA